AUGCCGGCAUCUUGUGCUGUGAUCACAUUCCCAAUCGUGUGUCAGACAGUAUUCAUUCUCUUCAUAAUUGAAUGCGCGUUCCGAUUCAUCAAUUACAAAUGGUUUAAUAACAGUCACCCCCAAGUUUGCGGUUGCGUCUGCCACAAAACCGAAAUGAACACGGACUCCCAGCAAUCCCCAAACUCAGAGAAUAGCGACAAAACCAACCUCCCCGAGUUGAAUCUGGGCAUGCAGGAGUAUCCCAUACCCUACUGGUCCUCAUCGAACAACAAUAGCAACAAUAACAACAGAAACAACACAAUAAACCCACUACCUACGCGAGCCAUAGACAACCGGGAGAGAAAUGGUAAAGCAGAAGGGCUAGCCAAGAAAAUCGUGGACAAGUGGGAAGAAAAUGGUAUCAUGGAGGUAAUAGCCAGAACGGUCGUUGAGAACUGGGCGAGGAACGGGACGUUGGAGCAGGUGGUUACUGCGGGACAGUGGAGGCAGAAGUUGAGGGAGUUGCGGGAUGGUGCUCGUCAGAGGGCUCUUGCUGUGACUCCGUCCUCUGAAAAAGGGGGAUAUCAAUAGCAGAUGAAAUGAGAGGUUGGUAAAACUGGUAUCUGUCUUAAAGAUGCGCAAUUGGUUGGUGAUUAGAGGAACUCUGCCGUGUCAUUUCCAACCCGAACACCUCGGCUUUCCUGUCUGUCCUGAAGAGUGGGAGGGGACGCUAUCUGGUUUUCAAUUGAGGUUGGAGGC